CCUGUUGCUUUGAGAGGAGGCAGGCCGGUGAUUUUCCACUGCCGCUGAUGUCUCUGGUCCCUUGGUUUUAGAGACAAAGGUCAGAAAGAGAAGCUUAUAAAUAGGCUAAAAUUAAGGCUUCCGACGCGUCCAGGCUUCAGUCGAAAACACGGACACGACAAGACACGGACACGACCGAACGGACACGGGACCGAGCGCAAAGGACAUUUAAGGACAAAAUAAUAUCACACAUCACAUCAACGGAGCAGAAUGGCUCAGAAAGAGAAGCUUCAGUGUCUAAAGGACUUCCAUAAGGACACUCUAAAGCCAUCUCCAGGCAAGAGCCCUGGCACUCGGCCUGAGGACGAGGCGGAGGGCAAACACCCCCAGCGGGAGAAGUGGGCAAGCAAGUUGGACUUUGUCCUGUCUGUGGCCGGCGGUUUUGUUGGUUUAGGAAAUGUCUGGCGUUUCCCGUACCUCUGCUAUAAGAAUGGUGGAGGUGCUUUUCUCAUCCCCUACUUCAUCUUCCUGUUUGGCGGAGGCCUGCCAGUCUUCUUCCUGGAGGUAGCCCUGGGUCAGUUCACCUCUGAAGGUGGAAUUACCUGUUGGGAGAAGCUCUGCCCCAUCUUUACUGGUAUUGGCUACGCCUCCAUUGUGAUUGUGUCCCUGCUGAAUAUUUACUACAUUGUCAUCUUGGCCUGGGGUGUUUACUACCUGUUCCAGUGCUUUCAACCGGAGCUGCCCUGGGCCAAAUGCAAGCAGCCCUGGAACACUGAGCGCUGCAUUGAGGAUACCUACCGCAAGAACAAAACCCUCUGGGUGGCUGCCAACGCCUCCAACUUCACCUCCCCCGUCACUGAGUUCUGGGAACACAAUGUGCUGGGUAUCAGCAGUGGUAUUGAGGAGAUUGGCGCCGUCAAAUGGGACCUGGCCCUGUGUUUACUGCUUGUCUGGGUCAUCUGCUUCUUCUGUAUCUGGAAGGGUGUCAAGUCAACUGGAAAGGUGGUCUACAUCACAGCCACUUUUCCGUUUGUCAUGCUCAUUGUCCUGUUGAUUCGUGGUGUAACACUGCCAGGUGCUGCAGCGGGCAUCAAGUUCUAUUUGUAUCCUAACCUUGAUCGCCUGAUGGAUCCAGAGGUGUGGAUUGAUGCCGGCACUCAGAUCUUCUUUUCGUAUGCCAUCUGUUUGGGCGCCAUGACGUCCUUGGGCAGCUACAACAAGUACAAAUACAACUGCUACAGGGACUGUUUGCUGCUGGGAGCCCUCAACAGUGGUACCAGUUUUGUGUCUGGCUUCGCAAUAUUUUCCGUCCUGGGCUUCAUGGCACAAGAGCAAGGGGUGGACAUUGCUGAUGUGGCAGAGUCAGGUCCUGGCUUGGCAUUCAUUGCCUACCCCAAGGCGGUUACCAUGAUGCCUAUCCCUACACUCUGGGCAAUUCUCUUCUUUGUUAUGCUGCUGCUGCUUGGCCUCGACAGUCAGUUUGUGGAGGUGGAAGGGCAGAUCACAUCACUGGUGGAUCUGUAUCCGUCCUUCCUAAGGAAGGGUUACCGCAGAGAGGUCUUCAUCGCUAUCAUCUGCUGCUUGAGCUACCUGUUUGGCCUCACAAUGGUUACAAAGGGUGGCAUGUACGUUUUCCAGCUGUUUGACUACUAUGCAGCUAGCGGUGUGUGCCUUCUGUGGGUGGCAUUCUUUGAAUGUGUAGCUGUUGCCUGGGUUUAUGGCGUUGAUAAUUUUUAUGAUGCGAUUGAGGACAUGAUUGGCUACAGACCAAAUCCGUGGAUGAAAUGGAGCUGGACUGUUGUUACUCCUUUACUGUGCAUGGGUUGCUUUUUCUUCUCUUUGGUCAAAUACAAGCCAUUAACGUACAACAAGGUGUACCAGUAUCCUGACUGGGCCGUUGGAAUCGGCUGGACUCUUGCCUUGGCGUCCAUGAUCUGUAUCCCCAUGGUGGUGGUUAUCAAGAUCAUUCAAUCUGAUGGGCCACUCAUUGAGAGGAUUAAGGCGGUUGCGGCUCCGGUUCGUGGUGGUGCCAGCUCCCGUCCUGCGGACCACCGUGGCCCCAAGGAUACCACCGUACCGCUGGACCCCAAUGGAAACAAGGGUUUUCUGAUGAAGGCCCCCACCCACACCAUCGUAGAAACCAUGAUGUAAAGGAAGGAACGAGGUGGAGGCUCUCCAUGAGAUCGCUCUCCUCUCCUCUCUGUCCUCUAAAAUGCUUUUACUGCUAGAUGUCCGUCUGUCUGUCUUUCUGGUGGACUAAAAAAAAGGGUUUUAAGGAAAAAGUUCGCAUUUCAAAUCUUUAAGGAAUACCUUGGAAGCAAGCCUGCAGUUUUUGCUCAUCAAAAGUGGGUUGAAAAUCACAUUUUAGCUCUGUCAGAGCUUCUAGCAAGCGGUUUAUUUUCUCUCUGUUCAUAGCUUCAUGUGACUUUGCAUCCCACAGUGCAGCAACUUGGCAACAACAUCUGGUCAUAUGCUGGCAGACCUGUUUGUUCCACCAGCUGCUUUCACAGAUAAUCAAUUGUUGUUUUUAAAAAAAAGCGGGGGAGGGGGGGAUCAUUGAUUUCUAGAAUCAAGCAACAUUUUUUCUUGCCAACCUAAAAAAAAAAAAGUAAUGUCUCUUGGAGGUGGGAAGUGUAUUUUACUGUCAACAUGGUGCUUGUGUUUGGGGGUUAGUGCCAAAGGGUCCAGCUUUGGCUUUUUCUGUUCCACUGUGUUCAGUUCAGGCACUGUUUUUAUAAAAGAUUAAGGCACUACAGACACUUCUAGUUAGUGAGUUUUGUACUUCUCAUGUCCCAGCGUAGUCACCUGAACUUUUAUCAAGAAUCAGAGCAAAUACAAUUUCUGUCCUAAUCUACCGGUCCUUCUAAAUCAAACUCUGAUGUAAGCUGAGGACAAAGACAAGCGGAAACCUACAACACUGCAACUAGUGGAGGCACUCAUCCACCGCUUAAUAUAUCGGGAACAUUUUUGUCUUUGAGGACACAGAAGAUAUGCACAACAUUGCUGUAAGGUAUAAACAAGAAAGCAAAUACAAAUUUCAAUCUAAAAAAUCUCCUCAACGUGAAAACAGGUGAUAAUCCUUUUUAAAACAGAAUCCUGAUCUUUGCACCUUUUGCACUAGUACUCGCGUCCCCCUGUAGUCAUAAACUGGUGAGAAAACACUAGCACUGAGGCUGCGUCUGGGAAUCAAUUUGCGCACAGAGGGGUUUCUGAGAGGAUUUGAAGUGUGGAGGUUGAACCCUUGCUUGUGUUGUCUGUGGCGUACUGUACAGUAGUAGCUAUCGGUCUAUCUAUAUUUAUCUCCUUAACUUUCUCUGUCCUAGGCCAGUUUACAGUACAUUAGUGACUGCACUAGGCACUCUUGGCUUCAAGUUUUUGAUUGAAUUUGUUUUAUACCCUACAGAGGAAGUUUUACCAUUAUUAGUUUAUCUUGCCUCUGUCAGUGUUUAGAGUUUUUUUAUUAUUAUGAAUGUUAUUACUGUUAUCGUCUAUUGAUUUACUGUAGUUUUGCCGAGAUGAAGGAACACUUUCAUCUAGUGAAAAUACAAUGCAUUUUUACCAAUUGUACAUUUACAGUGGCAGUCAUUUUCAUACAGCUUUUCUUUACCUUUAGCCUGACGAUGAACUUCCUUGUCAGCCGCGUACACAAAAAACAGAACUGUUGUAAGGGGGAGCCGUUCCUCCUGCACCAUCAUAACAGAAAUGAUUUUCCUGCACAUAUCUGGGUCAAUUUGGGCAAUUUUAGUCAGGCCGGGCAUUUGAGUCCACUGCUAUAAGUACUGACGUGACAUGUUGAAGAAGUUCUACCAGAUUUCAAAUUGGCCUUUUUUAGCUGGGAAUUUGAUGGAAUUUAAAAGUGACAACUCGCCAGUCGGGGUGCUUUUUUUUUCCUUUACUGCUCAAACAGGAGACCGAUAAAGAUUGUAGACUUUUCAUGGUUGUUGAAUACCCAUCAUGAAGGAUUAGUUGUCUAAUCCAAGUCAUCAUGCAAAAGUUUUUUUGUUUUUACCAUUAGAGAUAGGCUUAGAUGAGACUGCCAAAAAUUCAGAAGGAGUCCAUUCAAAACCAAAAAGAAACAAGUAUUUAUGUAGUAAACAAAUUGCACUUUUAUUGUUUUUUUAUGAAUAAAGCAAACUGUCUUUUAACUCAUCUGUUUGGAUUUGCCUUAAGCUUUUAGCAGCAGACAUGGACAUAUCCUUUCAUUAUUAAUGAUUAAUAUCAAAACCAUAAAUGUUUUUCGCUGCGUGAAAAAGUUGCACCGCACUGAGCUUAAGUGCUGAUGAUCUCCACUGCAGCUGGCUUUAAACAGGCUAGAACACAAAGCUACUUCCAUCUCUAUUUUAUCUGUAGCAUGUAAUGUGUUGCUUUCAUAAUUGUGUUUAUCUCAAGCUCUCCAUGUAUGUCACCAGCGAUCACUCACUCAGGAGCCGUCCUCUACAGCUUUUAUCAGCUGCAACACUGCAGAAACCUUGUUGCUUUAUUUUUUUUUUCAGGUGGGGGCAAAGAGCUAAGUAGAACUAUCAAAAUCGCUUUUGUUAAGAUUUUUAUGCCGUUAAGUCAGAAGACAAUUUUAAGCAAACUACAAUUAUUCAGUCAAACCACAAAUGGUUAAAAAAAACGUUCAGGGCCAAAAAACAAACCUUUUUUUUUGUUUAGGGUACAGAGAGUUCACCGGCAUAGCAACGGAAUGCCAAAACAUUUUUUGAAGUGGGGUGCACAAAACAACUUCUUAGAUAAAAUAUGAGAACGAAGCACACACCCAUGAAGUGGCAAAAAGACACUGGCAAAAAAAAAAAAAAAAAAAAAAAAUCAGGUUAACAUACAACUUGACAUACAUGACAAAUAGCUGCAAAUCUUCCUUCUGUGUGGCUCUGCAGGGUUUUAAUCAACCUGCUUCAUUUGUCUUUGAGUGUUCGUUCUUUGUAACAAGCGUACCUUGGCUAAUAGACAAUAAAAACAACAACCGCUAGCUAAUAGCUUUUGGUGGAAAUCUGUUCAAAAAUAACAUAUUCCAACCUUUUAAAAAAUGUUUUUCUUGUUUUCUUUUGGUUUGUUUUUCUGAAAAAAAAAUAUAUACAUAUUUUUAAGUAAAAUGUGUUUGAAUAAAGAUACCAAGAAACUCAGUUAGGCUAAAAUCAAAUUAUCCGCGCAUCUUUGUGUUCUGCCACUCAAUGGGUGUGUCUGAAUAUAAUUAAUGGGGUAGUAUCGCUUUUUUUAAUGCAAAUAUAUGACCAACCAGUUCCUAAAAGACUCAACAAAAAGGCCUUGGUUGAUUUGAAAGUUUGGACUUUGUCGAAAUAGUGAGUUUGUCAUUUCAAAGGGAUUUGUGAAACAAAAUCCAUAGCAGACAUCUAUUUUCAUACAACUUUUCCUAUAAACUCAUCUUUCUACAUAUAAGCUGCCAGUUCAAUAUAUAUUUAAAGCAUAAUUUUAUUCUUCAACUUUUGUACAGAUUUUGUUUAGCCUUUCUCAGACAUUUUUCCUUAAAAAUUGAUAUAACAAGCAUUCGUUAAUAAAAAGACCUCAUAAGACUUUUUAUUUUUAUUUUUUAUCUAGGUACAUUUGGUAAAUUUAAACACUGUUGGGUAAAACAAAGAUUUAGCACUACUAACAGGAUAUUUGAAAAAACAAAAAAACUAUGGUAUUUUAAAACACAGCCAUCAGUUAGUGAAACAAGUGUCGUGAGAACUAAAAAAACAAACCCAUUUGUUAAAGUAAAGCCCGUCUGGCCUUGCCUAAGCUCCUUCGCUAAGCUCCUUCUUUUGACAGGAAUAUAAGGACCAGAGUUUAUACAUGAUGCAGUAAUUCUACUUCUUUGUUUUACAUUGUGUAACCCCACUCUGUUAUCCUCCACUCCAUGUGCUGUUAGCUGAUGUAAACUUGUUAACCUAAGCCAACAUAUAUAUUUUUUUAAUUUUAGCGUCUUUGUUUUCUUUCUCAAAGAUAAUUUACAAGAGAACUGAAGCAUUAGAAAGUGCACAAGUUUUACUGCUGAAUGUUAAAUAUGUGAAGGUCUCCUCUUUUUUUUUUUUUUCUUGUAGCUCUAAUAUAGAUUCUUUUAUUUUUUUUAAUUGGUCUUUGUUCACUUUUUGUUCACUUUUUUUUAUUUUAUUUCUUUUACUCUUGAUUGUGUGUCUCACAUUUGCCUUUUGUAUUCCAAAUAAACUGAAACCUCUGUCACUGGUGUGACAUUUGCAACCAAUGAUCCCAAAAACAAAAAGAAAUGCAAAGAAAGCUAAGAUUGGUUAUGUGCAAUACUUGGUUUAAUUUUCAUCUUGUCCUUCAAAGAGGUUGUAUUGAUUCAUGAAUUAGGAAAAAAUAAAACAUGUUUAUGAAAUCAUUUUUUACUGACUUUGUGGUUUAAAUGCAUCAACAAUGAAGUGACUAUUGAACUACCAAAAUUCAGCUGUUUUUCACGAUCACUAUUUUUAAAUUUGUUUUUAACAGACGACACUGCCACAAAAGGCAACUGUUUUUCUGCCUGCUGAUAUCUAUUUCAGCAUUUUGGAUGUUGUAAAAAUAAAUAAAAGAUGUCUCAUUUAAUCCAGUUUUGGUUCUACACAAACUUUAAAAUGAUACCAGUUCAUUGUUAUGUUUUCUGAAGCUUCUUUAACUGUUGUUGUGGUGGUCUAGAAGAAAUAUUACGAACGUUUUCCAUCUUGAAGACAAAGCAGCAAAUAAAAACCUUACAAACAUA